AUGUGGCCGAAAGAAUUGGUUGAGCUACUUUUAAUAAAAUAUCAAGAGCACGAAAAUUUGUACAAUGUACGUCAUCCACAUUAUUUAGAUCGAGUAAAAAGAUCUAAAUCGUUGUUUGAAAUACAUAAUGAAAUAAAAGAAAAAAAUGCCAAUGUUACUGUGGAAGAUAUAAAAAAGAAAGUUCAUACAUUGAGAAGUCAAUACAUUAAGGAGUUGCGUGAAGUGGCCAUGAGUAAAAGGAGUGGUGUUGGAAUAGAAGAUGUAUAUAUACCGAAACUUUGGUGUUUCGAUCAAUUACAAUUUUUGAAGGCACACUGCGCGACAAGAAAAUCAACAUCAAACAAUUCUAGCGUUGACGAUUGCGAUGAAAAUUCUUCGGUGACGAUAAGUAACGAAAACUCUACGGUGACGCACUCCGCUGAUAAUAAUAGUAAAACAGGAGUGGAAACUUCUCGAAAACGUAAAGCAACUGCAAAUUUGGAUCAACAAAUAAAAGGCGUCAAGAGCUUGCUUGAGAAGCGAUUGGACGAUAGGAGUGAUUAUGAUUGGCUCGGCCAACAGGUUAUUUUCGAGUUUAAAUCUAUAAAAAAUGAAGAUUUGCGCGCUGAGACUGCUUGGAAAAUUCAAACGAUUUUGCGAGAAGCUAAAUUGAAGGAUAAAUCUAUUGAAAACCAACAUAUUGAUGAAAAUUUCACAAGCGAAUUUUUAAAUGACUCUAUGUCAAGUACCAUUAGCAUAUCUUCAUCGCAAAACAAGAACUUCAUCGCAUCAAGUUUCUCACUUCACCCUAUUUCAAAUAGACCGGGUGAAAGAACUACCCGCUCCCCGGAUACUUUACAGAAAUCCCUGGAUGGUAUUCUAGACGAUGAAGAUUUCUUUGAAUGA